UAUCUGUUCAAUACGUAUAUAUAUUCGAUGACCAGUUCCGUGUAUACAUGUCAUACGUUCUUGCUCCUCGCUCACGUACACUCACACUCGCCGGUCUUGGAAGUGUUAAUUGACCGCUGCCGGUCAUUACACGGUUGAUCGCAAUUAAACACCGCAAUUUCGCGAACGGACGUUGGACUUUGUGCCGAAUUAAAAUUACAGAGUUGGCAAAGUAACGCUUACCGUUCGCGAGUUUCAUGGAUCGCAGACUCGAUACGUUCUGUUCUAACGAUCGAAUCGCUCUUCCUUCUCUCGCGAAUCUUUUCACCAUCACAUUGUUGAAUAUCUCGCGUCAUCCACGUUUUGUCGUCUACGUUCGCAAUAAUUGUCGAGUGGCGAUCGAAUUUCGGGCAUUAACGCUCGUCGUUAAUCAUUACAGACCGCUAUCGCGGCGGGAGGUGGCGUCCCCCGCCCCUCGAUCCCUUGGUUUUCAGCGAUCCAGCAGAGGUCGCGGUCGCGCUACCAUAGGUAAUGUAUUCGGGAUUCUAGUCGUGUCGCGACGUUAUUAUUCCGUCGCGAUGUGUAAAACUAGUUGACGCUUCGUAAACCUCGAUUUCACGCCUCGUCGACCUCUAAUUAAUGCAGUAGGAAAUUGUUAUUCCGUUACGUGCACUCUACGUUCUAUGCAUUAUUUCGGAUAGCUGAUCGUAACGGCCGCUCGUGUCCACUAUACCCUUCACCGUCCAUUUACCUUCCGUGUGGCAUUAAUUGUUCUUUCGGUUACAUACGCGUCCCUCCUUUUUUCGAUUGAUCGCCACGACAGAACGAUCCUCGAUGAAAUCUUUAUCGCGCACUCUGCGCAUCCGUACAAUUUUCCUCAAUUAUAAAACGAGAUCAGAAUUUCCUCGAUAUACUUUUGUUCAUCGAAAACGUAAUUUAAACCUUCUCCUUCGUCAAAAUUCGCGAGUGAUCGAUUGUAAACACAUCUCUUAAACUUUUUCCACGAUGUUGAUGGUGCAGAUGAACGUGCAAGAAAGAUAGAAACUUUUAUGACGACGAAACUUUCCAUCCUAUGAUAGUCAAUAUUGCCAGCGAACUGGUGUAGUGGUGUCACGUGACGGAGGGAAUCUGGAGAAUCGUUCUCGGCACAAGGCAUCCGUGGAAACUGGCUCGAGCUUCGAACUCUGUUAGACGGCGCUCUAGCCGAAAUCACGAUGACGAUGGACGUGAGCAAGUCGGAGCCGAGUAAAAAUGGCGCGACGCAGCACGAGUGCGCUGGUUGUGGGAAACCGAUCACGGAAAGGUAUCUCCUCAAGGCCAUGGACCUGUUCUGGCACGAGGACUGUCUGAAGUGCGGGUGCUGCGACUGUAGGUUAGGAGAGGUCGGUUCUAGUCUGUUCACCAGGGCCAACCUUAUCCUCUGUAAGAGGGACUACCUCAGGCUGUUCGGGAAUCCGGGACAUUGCGCGGCUUGCAACAAGCAGAUACCGCCGUUCGAGAUGGUUAUGAAGGCCAGGACGAACGUCUAUCACCUGGAUUGUUUCGCCUGCCAACAGUGCACUCAUCGGUUUUGCGUGGGCGAUCGAUUCUAUCUGUGCGAGAACAAAAUCCUAUGCGAGUUCGACUACGAGGAGAGGCUCGCGUUCGCCAAUAUGUCAGUACAAACACCGGCCACGCUGGCGUACAUCAAAAGGCAACUGCCCCCAGCGCCGACACCGCCUGGCCAGAACAUGCAUCCGGGUCACAAUCCGCUGCAACCUCAUCAGGGACUUGGCCAGUCGGUGGGUCAACAUAAUCACGUGUCCAACGGACAAAUGUCGGGGAGCGCACCGAUGGUGAACGGGACUGCCAUAGGCGUGGGCGGCCCAAGAGCUCCGGGCGACAUGAACAACAACGGUUUAUCGGGCCCUGCCCUCGGCCCGGUGAAGCCACCGCCAAUGUCUAUGCAGGCGCCGACCAGCUGAAACGAGGUGUCACCCCCCUUGAAGAAGCUCAGAUGUCUCAGCGGUUAUUGAGGCUGUCCACGCUGCUGACCCAACGGACGCAACGGCGCACGGAUAGAGCGGUACGAAGAGAGAAAAUUAAAUACGCGAAAGUGAACGAAGGGGAAGCAAGUGAUAGGAUGGACGCGUAACGCGUGGAUCGGUGGAUGGAAAGACAAUGGGUGGGGGGAUGGUUGAAAAUUCACACCAACACGGAGAAGGGGACGCGAGGGGAUCCAUCCCAGAGUAGGAGGAUCCUCGAGGACGCUUCCGGUUCUCCCGAGACUCUCGUUCAGAGGUUGGGGAAUAAUCACUGUGAUCGCGAAUUAUAUAAUGAAUAAAUUUAUCGGAAAGGAUGCGAUAGGACCGCAUAGGGGAGGGGAGGGGGAAGGGUAGAGGCGUGCGAGCGUCGCGCGAGAUUAACGUUUAAAAUUACGCACGUCUUGUAAUAUACGGUUACACAACAUGUGACACAAUGAUAAAAAAAUAGGCGAUUUAUGUAAGAUACGUUUCUAGCGAGGAAUCCGACGAAUGAUUAGGAUCGCGAGUAAGUGUGUAGGAGCGAAAGGGCGAGUGGGUGCAAAGAGCGAAUGAGGCAGAGUUAUCUGUAAAUAUCUUGUAUCUGUCGACUCUGCAACGACACCGAAAGACUAUCAGUAUACGCAGACCAAUCGACGAAUCUCCACGGUGCUCGCGAUUCGUCGCCAUUCGAGAUUAACUCGCCCGAGUCUUGGAAAGAAAAAGUUGUGUCGUAAGUUUACCGUUUCCCGUCUUAUUCCAGUCUUAUCGUCCGCUCGAGGCUCAUCCGUGCCUCGACUCGACGUACCAACCAACCACGCUCGAUUCUUCGAUCUUCGAUCGAAGAUCGCGAGAGAGAGGGGAGAUGGUUUUCGGUUUUUCUUCACGAGAAGAAUUUCGAGAGGAUUUCGAAUGCGAGACGAAUCUCGAGACGUUUGCGAGAAAUCUCGGUAUACGAGGCGCGAGCAAAGGCGGAUACACGAUGGCUAAUACCAAAGAUUAACGAUGUAAGUUUCGAUGCCCCUCGCAUCGAGCGAGUCGACCAUGUCUCGGAUCUCGAAUUGUAUUCCUCGCUCGAUGACGAUCGAGCGUGACGCGUUCGCUCACGGAGCGAGAGGCUCUUCACGCGGACGACGCGGCAUCUUUGACCGCCCUCUGUCCGAUCGAGCGCUCGCGAGGCGAGGGGCUUAGUCGUGGCUUUACGCUUUAACGCCAAAAGAUGGAGGAGAACGGAGAACGAAAAUCCAGCUGGAAGUAGAAGAAGAGAGGCACCGAGGACGAGAACGGAGAAAGGAAACGAAAGGUAAAACGUGGCGACAUCGAUACCAAAAGACGGCUGAGAAUCCGAUAAUCGUUGCGUGCGCUGAUAAACGAUCCGUUCCGAAUUCGCAGGCGACGGGAUCUGCGAAUCGCAGAGAAGAAGAAAUCGGUUUCGUGGAGAGUUUGCCUAAUCCUGGCGAUCCUAAACGCGAUGGAUAAAUUUUUUUUCUUUCUUUCUUUUCCCCUUUCUCCUCUCGAUCAGCAAGAAAGAGGAGAAGGAGGAGGCGUUAUCGCUCGGUCAGGCAGUCUCUCCACGAAUCACGGCCGAGCGAGCGCGACCCAAAUUGUCGCGGUGACGAUUCCACACACAAGAUAUCACAACAAUAUUCGAAACCACCGAAUCGAUUAAGUACAAAAGAGGAGUUUACGCGAAGAGGACGUGUCGCGAAGCAGUGAGGUAACGGCUUGUGCUUGUGGAGGGAAAGUGAGUAUAUAACGUGAAUGGAAGGAGAGAAUUAUUACGAGCGAUUCGCGCUUCGAAACCGCGCGACAGAGCCGAAACGCACUUUCCUCUCGUUUUUUUAUCCAUCUGUAUAUAAAUAUCAUUUAUUAGCGCACUAUUAAUAUAUUUACCGCCUCUAUAGGGGCUCCUAUUACUACCGAGAAAAUAUAACAUUCUUAUAAAUACAA